AUGGGCCUGGGAUGCGGGAGACCUGGGGGGUCUCCCAUGCUGCUGUUGCUGCUGCUGCUGCUGCUGCUGCCCGCCUGUCUGCUGCGGAGCUCCCGGACGUUUCCAGGAAAUGCUCCUGGAGAGCCAGUUACUCCCCACUGGAUCCUAGAUGGAGAACACUGGCUCAAGGUCACCCUGGAGGAGCCGAUCUUGAAGCCUGAUGUGGUGCUGGUGGCCUUAGAGGCUGAAGGCCGGGAUGUCCUGCUUGAAUUGGAGAAGAACCAACUCCUGGCCCCAGGAUACACAGAAACUCACUAUGGCCCAGAUGGGCAGCCUGUGGCGCUGUUCCCCAACCACAUGGAUCAUUGCCAUUAUCAUGGGCGUGUGAGGGGCUUUCUGGAUUCCUGGGUCGCCCUCAGCAUCUGCUCAGGGAUGAGGGGCCUGAUUGUGGUCAGUAGCAAUGUCAGUUACUAUCUGUACCCCUGGGCUUCCGGGGACAUCGAGGACUUCGCAACCCACAAGAUCUUCAGGAUGGAGCAGUUGUUCCCCUGGAGAGGGGCUCAAAGAGACAAGGACUUCAAAUACAAAGCAGGAAUGGCCAGUCUUCCUCAUGUCUCCCAGAGCCGGGUGAGGAGAGAGGCCCGCAAGAGCCCCAGGUACCUGGAACUGUACAUGGUGGCUGACCACACUCUGUUCCUGGUCCAGCACCAGAACUUGAACCACACGAGACAGCGCCUCCUGGAAGUUGCCAAUUGCGUGGACCAGAUUCUGAGGACCCUGGAUAUCCAGGUGGUGUUGACGGGCCUGGAAGUGUGGACCGAGCAGGAUCACAGUCCUAUCACGCAGGACGCAAACGCAACGCUCUGGGCUUUCCUACAGUGGCGUCGUGGGCUGUGGGCUAGGAGACCCCACGACUCCACACAACUGCUCACGGGGCGCACCUUCCAGGGCACCAUGGUGGGCCUGGCGCCAGUGGAGGGUAUGUGCCAUGCCGAGAGCUCCGGAGGUGUGAGCACGGACCACUCGGAACUCCCCAUCGGCACAGCAGCCACCAUGGCCCACGAGAUAGGCCACAGCCUGGGCCUCCACCAUGACUCUGAAGGAUGCUGCACAGAAGCAGACGCAGAACAAGGGGGCUGCGUCAUGGAGGCAGCCACAGGGUACCCGUUCCCGCGCGUCUUCAGCGCCUGCAGCCGCCGCCAGCUGCGCGCCUUCUUCCGCAAAGGAGGCGGGGCGUGCCUUUCCGCUAGCCCGGCCCCGGGGUUCCUGGUCCUGCCCGCUCGCUGCGGAGACGGCUUCGUGGAAGCAGGAGAAGGGUGCGACUGCGGUUCCGGCCAGGAGUGUCCAGACCCCUGCUGCUUUGCCCACAACUGCUCCCUGCGUGCGGGGGCCCAAUGCGCCCACGGCGAUUGCUGUGCGCAGUGCCUGCUGAAGUCGGCAGGCACGCCCUGUCGUCCGGCUGUGAGCGCCUGCGACCUCCCUGAGUUCUGCACCGGCACCUCCCCGCACUGCCCCGCAGACGUUCACCUCCUGGACGGCUCACCCUGCGCCGAGGGCCGGGGCUAUUGCCUGGAUGGCUGGUGUCCCACGCUGGAGCAACAGUGCCAGCAGCUCUGGGGGCCCGGGUCCCAGCCUGCCCCUGAGCCAUGUUUCCAGGAGGUGAACUCCGUGGGGGAUUCUCAGGGGAACUGCGGCCAGGAUAGCAAGGGCAGCUUCCUGCCUUGUGCCCAGAGGGACGCUCAGUGUGGGAAGCUGCUGUGCCAGGGAGGGGAGCCAAAGCCACUUGUGCCACACGUGGUGACCGUGAAUUCCACAGUUCUCCUAGAGGGCCACGAAGUGGCUUGCCGGGGAGCCUCUGUGCUCCCUGGUGCUUAUCUGGACCAGCUUGACUUGGGUCUGGUGGCGCCAGGCACCCGCUGUGGACCUAGCAUGGUUUGCAAUAGCAAUCACAACUGCCACUGCGCUGCAGGCUGGGCUCCCCCCUUCUGCGACAAGCCAGGCCUGGGUGGUAGCAUGGACAGCGGCCCUGCACAGCCUGCAAACCGAGUCGCCUUCCCACUGGCCAUGCUCCUCAGCUUCCUGCUGCCUCUGCUCCCUGGGGCUGGCCUAGCCUGGUGCUACUACCAGCUUCCGAGACUGCGGCAGCCGAUGGAAUGGUGCUGCCGGAGGGGCCCCAUAUGUAAUAGAUUAUGGGCUUGUAUCAAUAAGGAAAUGAGACAUCACCCCACCCUCACCCCCGGGGAAGCUGUUGCUAUGGAGACCAGGAUGCUGGAAGCCUAGUGUCGAGGAAGGGAGAAGCUGUAGUUCCUUCCUGGAUCCUCACUGAGGGAGGACAAGAAGGCCCUGCCCCUGACUUAUGACUUGCAGCCUCAGGCCUCAGUUCUUAAGAACUCUCUUUGCCACUUCAUUCUUAAGCAGUCAAGUCCAGACACCAAGAUUCUGUCUCUGGAGAAGGGGAGUCUCCUGAGGCAAGGAGAAAAAGACAAGUGCCCGCUGCCUGCCACUUCAGGAUCUUCUGAUGGGCUGGACGCUCGGCUUUUCCCUACUAACCCCGGGGACCCCAGAGCUGUAUUCCCCACCUUUCCUGAGAGCCGUACUAUCCACAAUGUCAGAAUGUAUCUAAUAACAAACCUACAAACUUA